AUUCCAGGAACCUUGACUCCCAUGGAAUUUCUACUACGGACUAUAUAUUUGAUUUCACGGCAAUAGUCAACUUUGCCGAGCAUUGGUGUCAGUGCCAAAUCGCCGUGAUUCAUUUUCAGCCGUUCGUUCAUACACUUUCAAAAUUACUCCUAGAUCUGUUCGCCUAUUAUAAAAGAGUAUAGACUAGAAUUGUUUGUUUCCUUGCAAGUUGCAAAGAUAGAUCGACUUCAAUGGCUGCUGGAGCAAGUGGGAAAGUUUCUGCAGCUUCAGCAAGAUCUCACACCAGAAAGCCUAAGGGGAAGACUUCCAUGUUCCUUUCUUCAGGGGUGUUGAGAAAAGUAAUAGCAAUCUGUUCUGUGGGGUUCUUGGCAUGGGCUUAUCGUGAAAUUACACCGCCGCCUCCCAAGACAUGUGGCUCACUGGAUGGGCCUCCUGUCACGGCGCACAGAAUUAAGCUCAGUGAUGGAAGGCAUUUGGCUUACAAAGAGCAUGGUGUUCCCAGAAACAGAGCAAGCUAUAAGAUGGUGUUUGUUCAUGGCUUCGAUUGUUGCAGGCAUGAUGUUGCUGUUGCUGUCACUCUCUCUCCUAAUGUGAUUGAAAGUCUGGGAAUCUACAUAGUGUCAUUUGAUAGACCAGGCUAUGGAGAAAGCGAUCCUAAUCCAAACCGAAAAGAAAAGAGCAUAGCUUUCGACAUCCAGGAGCUUGCUGAUCAGUUGGAACUAGGUUCAAAAUUCUAUGUUGUUGGGUUUUCCAUGGGUGGUCAAGUUGUCUGGAGCUGUCUCAAGUACAUCCCUCAUAGAUUGGCAGGAGCAGUACUUUUAGCACCAGUUGUGAAUUACUGGUGGCCUGGUUUUCCAGGAAACUUGUCUAAGCAAGCAUAUGACAGUCAAUUUACCCGGGAUCAAUGGACUCUUCGUGUUUCUCACUAUAUCCCAUGGCUCACCUACUGGUGGAACACUCAAAAGCUUUUUCCUGCAUCGAGUGUUGCAGCUUAUGAGCCUAGUCUGUUUAAUCCACAAGACGUAGAAGUGAUGACCAAGUAUCUUCCCGCAAGACAGAAGUAUCAGGCGCAAGUGAAACCACAAGGCGAAUUCGAAUCUAUCCACCGAGACAUGAUAGUUGGGUUUGGGAAAUGGGAGUUUGAUCCCAUGGAUCUGGAGAAUCCAUUCCCUAACAAUGAAGGUUCAGUUCACCUGUGGCAAGGCGACGAGGAUGGGCUUGUACCUGUUACUCUACAAAGGUACAUUGCCCAGAAACUGCCAUGGAUUCAUUAUCAUGAACUCCCAGGUGCAGGCCACAUGUUCCCAUAUGUUGACGCCAUGGGAGACAAAAUUGUGAAGGCACUUUUACAUAGUUAGAUCUCUGAUCUGCAAUGCUUGCACAGUUGCAUCCCUCUAUGUUCCUAGCAUACUCUACUGCGUUUGGUUUUAUACUUCUGUAAUCGGUAAUAGUCUGCAAUGCUUGGUGAACAUUAAAAUCUGUCAUGAUAAGAAUGAUUCUGAGCAAGUUAUUUACAAUU